AUGGCUGAUCGUCUUGCAUGGACAGAUGGACAGUUACAUGUUGGUGAAGUUAUAAUAACAUCACAAAAUGACGUUUCAAUUAAUGAUGGAUCAGAAAAAACGGAUUAUCAAAAAGGUUUAAUAACAUUAACUAGUCAUCGAAUUUUGUGGAAAGAUAAAUCAGCACAGGUAGAAUUACCACUAUCUAUUGUCAUAUUUAGUGAGAAAAAAGAUGCAUCAUUAAUUUCAAAAGCUCGUCUUGUUUGCACUGUAUCAAGAGGUCAGGAACCGAAACGUCCAGGACCAUUUGCAAGUAGUCGUCAUGAUGAAAUACAAUUUGAAUUUCGUGAAGGUGGUUGCAAUGACUUUUUACGUUUAGUUCAAGAAGAAUUAGUUAAAAAACGUUGGUUAUUACAACCAGUUAAACCAAAUACAACAGGAAUGAAUCCAACAACAAGUGAUCGUUCACAUCGUACAGGUAUUUCGGGUAUUGAAAAUCAUUUACAACAUCAAUUAAAUGUUCAGCAUCAAUCGAUUAGUAGUGCUUUUCAAGAUUUAAAUCAACUUAUGCAACAAGCCAAAGAUAUGGUUAAUAUAUCAAAAACAAUUGCAAGCAAAAUUCAAGAAAAACGUAGUGAUCUAACCAGCGAUGAAACGAUUCGUUUUCGAUCUUAUUUACUCAGUCUUGGUAUUGAUAAUCCAGUAACAAAAGAAUCAGCUGGUAGUCAAUAUCAUGUAUCACUAGCUAAAGAAUUAGCAUCAGUCUUAGAAAAAGCAUUAAAAGAUACGAAUGGCAUAAUGACGUUAAGUGAUGCAUAUUGUCGAAUAAAUCGUGCUCGUGGUUAUGAGUUAAUUUCACCAGAAGAUUUACUUAAUGCAGCUGUACAUAUGGAACAAUUAAAUCUACCUGUUAGAUUACGUGUAUUAAGUUCGGGUACAAAAAGUUUUGAAUUAACAAAUCGAAAUGAAAAGAAAGAUUUGCAAGACAUUGCUAAUUUUGUUGAAUCAUCGAUAUCAAUGAGUGCGGAUCAAUUGGCUAAUCUUAUUGGUAUUCCUGUGAUUGUUGCUCGAGAAAGAUUAAUCGCUGCUGAAACACAUGGUUUACUUUGUCGUGAUGAUUCGAUCGAAGGACUUCGAUUUUAUCCGAAUCAAUUUUGA